CUCCAUUCCUGCCAGUAGGAGAACUUCAAGAGCCUGUACCUUCAUCUUCCGUGGUCAGGUUGGGAUUGGCAAAUCGCAGUUGAUAAACGUCCAUCCCCUCAUUGAGUUCAAGAAUUAGUCGGCCUACUAUUGCACCUCCGUUGUCAGUCAUAUAUUAAAGGAAUGCGACGGUAGUUCAAGUGUUGUAUUUCAAUGGCAUGGGCUUCGGCAGUUGCAACUUUGCUUUACUCUAUCAUAUACCCCUUGACAUUUUUGGCAUAUUGUGUGUAUGGGCUACUAAACCUUUUGGUCACCCCACUGUGGAAACUGGGACUUGGUGUCUUAAACCUUGCCCUCCUCCCUCUAAGGAUUCUUGCUAAAUUUGAGGCCGUGCUGCUAUUCUUCGCGACCGCUUUAAUUAUCGGGUUGAUCCUCGGCACUGUAGUACAUCUGACCAGUGCAUUUGUCAUUGAGACGCUUAACGAGUCAUUGGGAUUCUCUGAAAACCCACCGAGUCGUGAAGAUUCAAAGACUCGGUCACGUCGGUCCGCCGACGUAGUCCGGAAGCUUCCAUUUGCAGGGAGACCAAGAUCAUCUAGAGACAUUCUUGUGGAAUGGCCUGACACGAGGGAGGUCAAACCUCUCGGUGAUACGGGAGGUUUACUCUCUUCCUCAAUUUUAGAAGAAGAGGAAUUCAGCCAUGAUUCUGCUUAGCAAGCUGAAUGUUCUGCUAAGGCACAUGGAAACUCCCUGUGUUAGCCCAUAGAGAGAUUACGAUUGAAGACGAGGAAAUGUCAAAACGAAACUCAACUGCACUAUGGAAGUAUUCUAUAUGGCAUCGAUCCCAAUGUUCAUUUUGGGCCCUGUCAAUCGCUGACAGGCUCGGCAACUGAGGCGGUUCAGGGAGGCAUCCUGGUUAACUGCGAGCAGGGCCAUAAGAGGGUCAUGUCUCACCGGUCUAUGGAUCGUAUGUACAUUAGCCAGGAUAUAAAAUGAACUAACUUCCAGUACAAACGGAUACCGAAAACUAGCGCACAAAAGCAACAAGAGCAACAACUCGAGUGUUGAAUGUUAGUACGCUGAAGACCAAUUCUCACCCAACACGAUUAUAGAUGCGAUGACCUGAGAUACUUUCCCAAAAUGACAAUUAGACGGUUAAUG